CUUACAGUGUGUUAUAUCGCGGCGCGGAUGCAAGUGUGUGCUGCCACACUGUCCUGUGAUCUCUUGUCAAGUCUUUCGUCUGUAAGAAGUGGAUCAUCGCAUCUGUGUGCACCCUUGAUCACGAACACGAACCGUCCAAUCAUCGUCUGCUCGAACGAAAACGCUGUACACCUCGCUACAGCAGCCCCCUCCCUCCAUGUGUGUCGCGUCAAUCCACUGUCUGUCUGUCUGUCUGUCUAAUCCAGGGCACACAGGUCGGCAAACGCGUCACCCAACCUCCCAGCCACCUGCAUCACACACACAAACACGCGGCGCAAUAAGACACGAGAGCAAAACAUUUUGUCCGUUCGCCUGUCGGUGUUCUUUCUGUCAGCCUGCCUGCCUGCCUCACGAAGGCGCGCGAACUCACCUUUGCGCGCAUCUCUCUGUUGGGAACCGCCUCGCGCAGCAGCCGCUUCAUGUUGGCCUGCAUCCUGUCUUCAUCGACUGGAGACGAGAGGGGCUCGACACCCGCCUGUGUCUGUGUGCCGCGCUGUGUCGUGUGGGAGAGGUAAAUGUCGGUGAGCGCGUCGAGGAGGUCCUCGUCCAGCGGGUAGGCGCUCGUCAGGUGCUUCAGGUGGCCGAAGUUGCCGCGCACAACCACCUGCACACACACACACACACACACACACAGGCGCAGAGACCAUCCACACACACAGAGCACAUGGCUGGCUGGCAAUCAACCAAUCGGCCGCCUUGCUGACCUGGUGGAAGAUGGUUGCGGGCCAGACGGCAUGCACCUCAGGGCCGAUCAGAUGCUCAUAGGCCUACAGCAACACACACACACACACACACACAGACGGACGAACGGUGUGUGUUCCCCCUGCAUCCAUCGGUAUGGGCAGGUAGGAAGGUACCUCAGCGACUGUGAGUGCGGCGAUGAAGUCAGGGUGCACCGUGAGGAAGUCCUGCACCUCGUCAUAGCUCAGAUUCACCACUAUCAGCGGAUCGGGAGGCGGAACCUCAUCAAUGCGCGACGCGUCUUCCACAUCGUGACCUGACACACAUACACCCAUCCAUCCAUCCAUCCAACACACACACAUGUAUGCGCACCUGCCGCCGAGAUGGCGUCGAGCUGCGACUCCGACACGACCGAUGACUCGUCGGUAAGGUGCCGCACGAACACGCCACAUGACGAGGACGCGGCCGAUGGUGACGGUAGUGCCCCCGCCCCCUGCAGGCUGCCAAACGGUCUCACGGCCCUCCCCUUGAGACCCCCUCCACCUGCACCGCUUUCAUCGGUGUUGGUGAGUGCGAUUUGGAUGGCCUUGAGCUGCAGGGCGAUGAGAGCGGCCAGCCGGUUGGACACCAAAUGCAGCUGGAAACGGUCGGAGGCCAGGAACUGCUCGGAGGCCUCCAGCAUCAACUACAGGACGUCAACAUCCACACGCAACGGACAGGCAGUUGGAUGGAUGGAUGGAUGGAUUGUCGAGGUGUGUGUGUACCUGUACCUGCAUGGCGAGCAUGAGAGUCUCCUCCCCCCUGGAGGAGUAGAUCAGUGCCGCGUCCUGCGACACACUCGACAGCACACGAAGAGCCUCCCGCUGCAGCAGCUCCCUGCACACAACCACAGCCACAGCCACAGCCACACCCACCGCACUCACAUUUCGUUUCUGUCUGUUGCCACGCCCCACCCACAAUCUCAUCUCACCCGAGAGCCGACGUGAGCCCCAGCUGCAUGUGCACCCGCACCAUGGUGGCCACAUCUCUCGGCCGGUACCAGUGGAGGAAAUCAACUACCGCCGCGCACAGCAGCGACGGCUCCUUGACGCUCUCACUCUCGCGUGAGUCCCUUCCGCCUGCCAGCCGCAGCAGCUGAUUUAGCGGCUGCUCCGGUGAGGGGCUGUCGGUGUCUGAUGCGUCGACGAUCUGCUGGAGCAUGUGUUGCAUGGAGGGGUACUCGGGGACUGCCGCCAGCAGCCGCAGAAGCAGAUUGGGGCCACUGGCCGUGUAGUGGUGGCUGCGUUGCUCCAGCCACUGCAGCAGCUCCGUGAUGGGCCUUUCGCAACACCCGCUGCACCCAUGUGCAGUGCAUAGAAACACACCAUCCAGAAGUGAGCGCGAAUGUCUGGUGGUCGAUGGAGCACUCACCCGACGUACGCCGUGUAGGCGAGUAUGAGCAGCUCCACCUCACAGUCGAGCGGCAGACCGCCCCCCAUGGCCUUGCCCGCCGCCUCGUCGCCCAGAGCCUUAGGCGACCCACACAGCGACACAAAGGCCUCCAGCCUCGAUGGGCACCACCGCAUGGCCUCGCCCGUUGAAGCGAAGUGCUCACACUGGCUGGACACAAAGCUGCACACCCACACAGACAGAGAGAGCGGGGAGAGAGAUCUGGCAUGUGGUGUGGUGUGGAUGGUGCGGCGGAUCUGCAGAUGUGGGCCACUGACCGUCGCACGAUGGUUGCCGCGUGUGUGUCGUUUGCUGACGGCUGGGGGUCGCACACGGCCAUGAAUGCGCGACACAGGGGGACCGCCUCGUCGUCAGCCGACGGCAGCACUGCAUGCCCCAGCAGCUGGUCCAGCAGGGCCGUGGGAUUCUGACUCAUAGCUUCCUACACACACACACACACACAGAGCGGUCAGGUACGCCCCUUGAUGUGUGAGCUCGUCCUCUGUGUAAGUACCUGUACGUCGAUCCCCAGCCUUGUGGCGACGUCCCCGUAGACCUGCAGCCGUCUGCAGAACGACCCAAUCCGCUUGGAGCACUGAGAUGCCAGCAAGGUGAGGGCCUUUCCGGAGUCGCGACCAAAAUCCCCAUCGCCCAUUGCCUCCAGCGUCUGUGUGGUCCCGUCACUCCAUCUCCCACAGGCGACCUCCAGCAUGGCCUCGGCCAGCUCGAUGUCCCUCGUGUCGGCCAGCUGGAACCGCCGCGCCAGCCGCCACGCCCAACCGAUCUGGUCUCUGUUGAUCAGGUUGGCGAUGGCCUGCUCCAGGUAGUAGGGCAGCGACCCGGCAGACGUCGCCGCUCCGUCGUCAGCAGUGUUGCGGUGGUGCUUGCUGUGGUCUUCCGGCCCGCGUGUUGCUGGGGGCCGUUUUGGCCUUGGUCGUGGUGGCGGUUGUGUGCUGCUUGUGUCGCUGGCGUCGUCGGCGUCAUGGUUGUUGUCGUCUUCGGACAUGGAGGGGGGCGAGGGGGGCACCACGAGCUGGUUGAAGGCUAGAGCGACCAGGCUGUCGGGCACCUGCAUACCCGGAAACAGUGCAUAGUAGUGCAUUUAAUCGAUGUGUGUCUGUCUGUGUCGGUCAGGGUCACCAUGGGCAGCAGGUGGCGGAUGUUGGCAUACGUCGGGUUGAGAGGCUCAAAGCUGAGGGAUACAGAGAGAGAGAGAGAGAGAGAGGGACGAUGUGGUCGCCUAAUCGUGUGGCAUCGCCCCACUCCCGCCCCACUCACUGACCACAGGUCGCGCGCGACCUCAGCCGCCGAGCCAGCCAAUAUCAGCAACAGACGGUCCUAUCAACACACACACAGCACUGCAUCCAGCCGCUCACAACAUGCCUCGUCUCACCUCGAUUUCCUGCCGCGGUAUCUCAUUGGUCCCCGCCGUGUCAGCACCUCCUCCAGCCGCACCUGCUGCAGCCGCCAUCGGCCCCUCGCCACCCCGUACUGCGUCGUCUUUGCCUGCCCUGCGGCGCCCUUUCCUGCGACGGUGGUCGGGCGGUGCUGGCGGAGGGGAUGGGGCCGUCUUGCCGGCCGGAGAGAUGGCCGUGGACGUUGGGGGGGCGGCCAUGGAGCCUUCGGGACACAACUCGGCUGCCACCGACAGCAGGAGGGCUUGCUCCCUGCCGCCAACCAAUGAGAGAAGGGUUUGGUCGCGCGUGAGUGAGUGUGUGUGUGGCAGGCCGACUGACCGUGCGUAUAGGUCUUGUUCGAGUUUUGCUGUGAGGUCGAGGAAGAAGUUGGCUGCGAGGUGUUUGGGGUAGUUGUGGAGGAGGAAGAGGUUGUAGCACUUGUGCCACAGCUGCAUCCGCUCGUCCAGCACCUCCCACCACACGCCCUGCCGGAACUCUACCAACAGACACGUCACCUGCACAAUAAAUGACACACAGACACACCACACCGGUGCGCAUACGCCCAAAUGGGCCCGUGUGUCGAUGCAUGCCUCCUCAAAAGUGAUGGAGUCCCCAUUCAUGUCAGUGGUCUUGGCCCAGCUGCGCGCCUCGCUGAACAGACGCUUCGACAACAGCAGCUGCAGAAUCUCUGACGGCUUCGACCUGCAUGGAAGUGGAUGGACGUGUGAGCAGGUCUCGUUGUGCGUGUGUGACCAGGGUCUCCCACCUGAAGUCGACCUCGAGGUUGUUCUUCUGUGUGAUGGUGAAGGCGAAGUGGAACAGCGAGUGCUGCGACGAGUAACCCGACUCGUGCAGCAAACGCAGCAGCUGGGGCCUGCCCGAACAAGACACAAACCACUCACACACGGCCCCGUGUGCGUCCCGGGCACCCACCGUCGUGUGGGGAACUCGUCGAUGAGGAACUGCACUGUGUCGUUGGCGAGCGCCACCACAUGGGGGUCCAUCGGCAGACACGACGUGGCAGCUGCGUCCUCUCCUUCUGCUGCUGGUGGUGGUGUUGCUGGGCCGUCUCGCCGCUUGACGAAGGCCAUGAGGUGUCGCCGGCAGGCUGAGAAACGGCACUGCAUGAAGGAGCUGGGACACAGCGAGAGAGGGACGCAGGUAUGAGGACGGACGGUAUUAAUGGUCUGUCUAUUGCGGGAUCGUUCACCGGUGAAAGAGGACGAAAUGUACGAGUGCGCUCGUGGGGUCGAAGAACCGCAGCGCCCUGACGCACGCAGACACAGGAUAUGUGGAACUGUGCUUGUGGGUGCAUCCCGCCCGCCCAAAGCACAUCAGUUCUCACUCACCUGAGGACGAGCCCGAACGACCCCUGCCGACAGAGGGAGGAGAUCAUAGACGACAGCUCGCUCGGCGACGACACCACAGCCAGCGACACUGGCCCCUGCUGGCCCCCAUCACGGCCAACAACACCAGCACCGCUGUCGUCCUCACGGCCGCCCUUCUUCUGCUCGUCUUGACGCCACGCAUCCUCUGAGGGAUGGUGCAUCAGACGGGGGCUUGUGGGGGGCUCUGGCUGCUGCUGCUGCUGCUGCUGUUGUUCCCCCUGCUGCUGCUGCUGGUGGUGGUGGUGGGCUCGUUGGUCUUGUGCUGCAGUGGACGUCUGAAUGAAGAGCCAGGCUGCCAUGCACUGGGCGGGGGUGACGUCGGCGAAGGCUGAGGCGAAGAUGGCCAGACGGGGAGUGAGCGUGUUCAAGGCCUGACCAUCAUCACACGCAAUCCAUCCAUCCAUCCGGAUACUCUGCCUGUGUCACCUGCAUGAGCAGCCUGGCCCCCGUGCCGCCCGCAGCCCCGCCCUUGCGGCACUCGAGCAGCAAAUCCACCACCGACGCAUCGCUCCCGUCAGGAGACGACUCCUCCACCGUCGCGGAUCGGCGGGACGACCGAUCACCGUCUGACACUGUGUGUGCAGUCUUGUUGUGCUGCUCCUCCAGGAUGGCGUUGGCGACGAUCCGUAGGUGGCUCUGGAGCGGCCUGUCGGUGAAGUAGCCGUGGACGAUGUCGAGGACGGUGUCGGGAGGGCACUGCUGGAGGUCGCUCUCGUGCAGAAACAUCACCCAGUCGUUGUUGCUGAGAGAGAGACAGAGACAGAGAGAGGGAGAGAGAGCGAUCCACCUACCUCUCUCUCUCUCUGUGUGUGUGUGUGUGUGUGUGUGUGCAGCCAUGCAUACCGCGCCAGCUCGUGGAGAAGUGUCAGCGAUCGCGGCAGCUGGUGCACCCUGCAGAAUAGGGCCACGAGGUGCCACGGCGAGUCAUACGUGAGGGCCGAGGCCGACGACGACGCGGCAGAGAGGUGGGGGUCCAGCGCCCAAGUCGCCUCCUCCAACAUCCUACACACACAUAUAUUCCCUCUCAAACACAUGGAUUGCCAGGUGGAUCGACGGGCAAGCUGACCUCAGUGCCGUGAGCAGGUGUGGUGACGAGAUGCCCGCCGACGAUGCCGCCAAAGAGGGCUCCCCAAUGGCCGCGGGGAAGGACAGGAACAGCUGGAUGACGUUGGCCACACCGGCGCCCUCGAUAUUCACAACCGACACUCCGCCACCACCAGCACCAGCCGCCCCUCCCUGUGUGUGCGACGCCGCGGCAUGUGUGUGUGUCUGUUGGUUGAGCUGGUGCUGGUAGAUGCGCCGGGCCGACUGGACGUCCACGCGCAGCAGCUCGGUGUCGAGCGAACACAGCUCCAGCAGACACACUACAGAUGAGACCACGCCCUCGUUGAGCAGGUUGUGCAGGGCCACGCUCAAGGCCACUCGCUGCAGCUCGCGGACAGUGGUGUCGUCCAACGCCUGUUCGCACCAACACCACACCCAUGGUCGAGAAUGCGCCCAAUCCGUCGCUCCCAUUCAUCCAUUUUACCAGUGGCAGGUUUCUAAGUGUGACGUCUUUCUGCCUUGCCGUCUGCCGAUCCCGCCCCGUCAGCAGUAGAUGGAAGGCCAUCAGCGGCCUCCCCUGAGCCAGGUAGUAGCUCACCCCCAGGCCAUCCCUGAAGGCCCCGUCGGGCGACGCCAGCAUAGACGAGAACGCCUCCCCCCUCCGGGCCUCAUGGUGCGUCUCCCUCUGCGUGAAGAGCUGUUUGAAGAUGGGCAGUGGCUUCAGCAGCCGAUGGACGUCGAGCGAGGCCACGUCGGACAGCAGACGGAAGAGGCUGAUGUCCUUCUUGUAGGUGCUGAUGUCCUCACACAAGUGGGUUGCCAGCCAGGCGGUCGCGUCGUCCUUGACCGAGUGCACCCAAGACGGAUCGGCCUUCGACGCUGCAGCCGGUGCCUCCUGCUGUUGUGCUUGGGGGGGUCUGUGUCUCCCUCUGACGCGUGGCGGGGGAGGGCGGGAGAUGUCGCGGUGCUCCUCCAGCUGAGUCAAUAGCCGCUGCUGCUGCUCGUGCACCACAUCGAUGAGGGACGACGUGAGCGGCGAGAGAGGGGCCUCUUUGCCAUUUUGAUGUUGCUGUGGGGCGUGCGGUGGCUCGUCUGGGAAGAAUGCCUGCCAAAGGAUGGGAUACUGGCUCAACACUUGCCUGUCACGCACACACACAGGGCUACAUGCACCUGCAUCUGUCUGUCUGGCAGGUGCACAUGGGUACCUGAAGGCGUGUUCCGACACGUGCCAUGGCAGCGCCUUGUCGGCCUUAAGAGCCUCGAGCCCCGAAGCCACGGGAGCCACCAUGAGAGUUGCGAGGAACAUCAUGUCCCUGCCCCCCUCCCUGGCGAUGGCAUCAAGGUUCAUGAACUCCACCUGCUGCGCGUCCACACGCACCGACGGCACUGUCAAGGGUGGCUCAGAUACAGUAGGCUCCUCCCCUUCGCCCACAAACACAGAGACACGUCAUUACUUGUGCCGAUGUGUCUGUGUCUCCAUUGCCGCUCACCCGUCGCCGUCACGUCUUCCUUGAUGUGCGCCGCGGCAUGAUGCAGAGACACAGCGAACAAGGAGCGGUUGCCGAGCCGCCCGAUCAUGAGCAGGGCGGCCCAUGCCUUGCGCGAGAGGUCGAUGGCGAGUCUGUUGAGGUCGUCGAGCGAGGUGGCCAGCUGGUAGUGCUGCAGGUACAGCACGAGGACCGAGGCCAGGUCGUGCUCGAUGCACAGGGAGAUGACGAAGCGGUGCAGGGGGGAGGGGGCGCCGCGGGGGAGCAGGGGGUCCAGGUCGAGACACGUGCCUGAACACACGCGCACACAUAGAUUGGUUUGCUUGUGCAUUGGGCAUCCAUCCCUCACCGACCUUUCUUGACGCCCGUCGUCACGGCAGCUCUCUCCUUCUCCCCUGCACUUUCACUCACGGCCUUGCGCACACGCACCCUCUCCCUCUCCCUCUCUGCCCCUCUCUCGCCAAAGCCCCGGUACAGGUGCCUGCUCUUGGCCAGCCGCCUGAGCAGCGCCGGGAAGCCCUGCACGUCCGACGCGCAGAAGAUGCCGAUGUUGGCCAGCUCCUGCAGCAGGAUCUCUGCGAGGAACGGCGUGCACCGGGGGAGGGCGGCGGUCUCCACGUGGUUGAGCAGCCGCAGCAGAGGGUGGCUGGGGCCGAUUUCGGCCGACACGAUGCCGUGCUCGUCAACCUGGCACCAACAGAUACACAACCGAUGUGGCGAUCUCUGGCUCUCUGUCUGUCUGUCUGUCUGUCUGGCUGACUUUGCAUCCUGCCAGCGGCAGCCUGGCGACCCACUGGACGAUUCCCCGCCAGUCGUGGUGUGCGACGGAGAAGUCCAGGAAGUCACGCAGCAUCGUCAUGUCCGAAGAUGCUGACGGCGACACACUGGGCAGGGAGACCCGUGCCGACACAGCAACCGUGGUGGCAUCCACAGCAACCUCCUGCACAGGCGACAACAACAAGGCGAAGUAUGUUUCGUGAUUUGCCGCCCGCUCCUCACUCAUCCACUCACCGUAUCGUCCUUUCCCCUGGGCACGGCAGCGGCCAGCCCCUCGUUGUCGGCGUCAGCGAGAGUGAAGUGCCGCUUCUCCAUCAGAAUCCUCCUGCAGGUGGCGGCCGGCCACUCGGCCACCCACGCGAGCGUCACGUGGAGGUACCCCAGGUGCGCCGGCUGGUGUGGGGGGAUGGGGCGGUGUCGGUGCAGGCGGAUGACACUGCCGAGUGGCGACCCACCGCCCAGCUCGAUCUCGUUGGUGGCGUCGAUGCGGCACUGGUGACACACACCACUGCAAAACCGACAAAGAGUCGUUCGCUUGAGGCGCAGUGGAUUGAUGAUGUCUCGCUCACCGGUUGGCGGCCAUGGUCUGUGCGGUGUCGUCCCCCAGCAUGAAGUCGCCUUCAAUUCCAACGGCCAUGCCGCUCAUGGGGCUGCCCCCGCCGCCGGACUCCUUGGACGAGGAGGGCGACCCUCCGGCUCCUCCCGCCGCGGCGUGCUCGAUGCCGGCGGUGUUGUGAGUGGACGUGAAGGCCUUAAGACCGAAAAGAGGCGUCGGGUCGAGGUCGUCGACAUCGCCGCACGUCAGCCAAUGCCACGCCUGUACCACGAUCACGACACAUGGAGAGGCUGUGGUGUGUGUGUGUGUGUGUGUUUGCUGCCAGGCGGCACGUACCUCUAGUGCCUCGGGUGGUGGGUGUGGGAGGUUUUGUGGGUUGGACCAGAAGUCCUGCGCCUUGUCGUACUGUAUCGGCACCACACCGCCGCCAACACCCACACCCAUGCUCAUGCUCAUGCUCCCAUCCGGCAGCAGCUCCUCACCGCUGGCCGCCAUGCUGCCGUCACCCAGCAAUGGCGGCGACACCACCCAAUCGUAAAGAGGGUUCGCCUCACGCGCAUGACGACCUGAGAAACCAAAAGCAAGAACACUGCUGAUGUGUGAGCUGCUCAGAGAGAGGUCUGUGUUGUGUCUAUGGAGUGUACCACCGAGAGUGAGGUCGGUCUGCAGUGCGGGGGCGACGCCCUGCUUGACGUCCCCGCCCACCGCACCAUCACACGCAAGGCCCACACGAAGGGCGCUCUCGCCACCGGCAGGCCACGUCAGGAAGGCCGGCACCGUUGGCAAAGGCUGCAUUCAGCCAUCCAUCCAUCCAUCCACAAGGCUGUUCUUUUGGCCCCGUCUCACCUUCUUGGGGUACUUGGUGGUGGUAAGCGCAGUCCACAGUCUGUUGUACUCGGCGGUGAAGCACGGGUUGGGGUACUCCGACUCCAGCUUGGUGACCAUCUCGAUGAGCUGCAGCUCCUGUCCACUCAGCCGCCGCAUGUGUCUGAGGUGGUUGAGGAGCCGGCGGCGGACGAGCCGCUUGGAGGUGUGGAAGGCCACGGCCUUGAAGAAGAGGUUGACGUUGGCGCCCACGUUGCGGAGCAUGUGGACGGCGACGAACAUGAAGUCGACCUGCUGGUUGCACGUCAGCUGGUAGGCCAUACGGCCCGCCACGUGGCGCAGGUGGUCAAACAUGGCCGCGUCAGAGGGCAGCGCCUUAACAAAACAAAACGAAACACACACACACACGGAUGGAUGGACGGUGUGUCUCGCCUCUGUCUAUGUGUGUGUGUGUGUACCUGUUGCUCUCUUUCGCUGAUUUCUCUGCGCCGGUGGAACCACACGAGAGCCGACGACACCCUGCCGGUGAGCAGCGCCUCCCGAAUCACCACCUCCUUGUCACAGCUCUCCGGCCACAUCUCCCGCCUCACCGACACACGCAGACCACCCUCUCCCUCACCCACCGCCGCAGCAGGCGACAAAGACACGCCGACGGCCUCCCCCUCUGUUGGCGCCUGAGGGGGCGUCUGGUGGACAAUGAGCUGGUGCGCCUCGGCGUCGGGCAGCGUGGCAAUGAGCUGCUGCUGGAGGCUCCUAAGCGACUGCAAGUACUGCGUCAGCUCCUGCAGCUCGUGCAUGAGCAUCGCCUGCGGCCUCGACGCGUGCUGCGGCUGCAGGUAGGUCAGCGCCGUGCACGCCUCGGGGUGGCCCUCUAUCGCCCGAACACGGCUGUGGAUGAGCCGGCUGACGAACCGCACAGCCAGGUCCAGCAGACGAGACGCGAAGCUCUUGUCGAGGGUCAUGGUUGGGUGAGGGUGCGCGGGCGUGGGUGUGGGUGUGUGUGGCAGUGGGGCUGGUGGGGGCGACGGCGUGAGGGAGAGGGGCGGCUGCAGCUGGUCGCACGAGUAGCCGUUGUCGAUGUAGCGGACGAUGAGGCGAGUGGCGGCCAUCUCGUGGUCGGGGCGGAGGAUCCCCAGACUCUGCUGCACCGUCGUCAACUCGCGAAACUUCAGACCUGACAAGAGAAACGGCAAAUGAUGACAUGCAGAGCUUCUUUCUCUGCGUUGUGUAGUGUAAGUCGCUGACCGAGGAACAGGGUCAGAGCGCACAGCUGCGUGGCGUCCCACUGGUUGAGGGCACACAGGGCCGCCGCCCGCCCCCGGCUCUCAAACGCCAGGAGGUUCGACAAGAUUGCCUGGGCGCUCUGCCCAUGCACCGGCACCUUCAGCUCGCUCCUCCCCAGCACAUAGUAGGUCCCCGAUGCCGUCACCAGGCCCCUCCAUCCUUCACCCAGCCACAAUACCAUCGGCUUCGUCCACUCGUCCAGCCCUCGCUCAGAGGACACGUGGUGCACCCCGCCGCCCCGCCCGGCAGCUCGCCUCGGGAUCAGACUCAGGCCGAUGGGGCCGCUGUCGGCCUCGUUCCUGCCCAUCUCUGCCACCAGAUGAGUGCUCGUCAGGUGCACCCUCACCAAAAGUGGUCUCUGCUGCUGCUGCUGCUGCUGCUGCGCGAGCGGCGAGCUGGCGUCAGAAGGGCAUGGUGAGAGCUGUGCAGAUGGGGGCGACUGCUGCUGCUGCUGCUUGUCCGAUGCGGGUAUCGGUUGUGGUGGUAGUGGGGUGGGUGUGGCGGGGAGGGGGAGGGAGGGGAGGAUGAAGCGCGUGAGCCAGGGGGGAUAGGGGCAUGGCCGGCCGUGCCGACCGGCCGCAGCCUGCCGCUCAAUGGCCACCUGCAUGAGACAUGCAUAGGGAAAGGUCAGCACCUCCUUCCCACAUCUAUUUUACCUGCAGCUCGGCGUUAAGGGCGUCGUCGCAUGUGGCUGGCUUUGUGGCACAGGGGGCGAUGAAGCCAUUCGGGCGAGGGAAGAUCUGUACACACACACACAAGGCACAAACUCAUGGCUUCCGUCCACAUCAUCGACGAACACACUUACCCGCAGUCUGCUUCGCCCGUCGCCCGUGAGGUCCGAGUAGUCGUCGCCCAUGGUCGCUCCCCCACCCGCUGCCCCCUCUUGCCUCGGUCCGCCCCGCCUGGGCACCCACCGCCUGUCGGUGUCGAGCGCCUCGUCGACUCUGUCCAUCCGCUCGAACCACUCGUACGGCACACACCCGGCAUCCACACUCCUCACCGCAUCGGCCUGGCUCGACGCGUAGAAGCCCCUGCUGACGUGACCCACUCUCUGCUUCUCCCUCUCCUCUUCGUCCGCUGUCGCCGCGUCCAUCUCUCCUCCAGCUGGCUCGUCCCUAUCUGUCGCCGGCCUCCUGCGUCGCCUCCUGCGCCGUCUGUGGUGGUGGCGGUCGUACUGGUAAGACAGCCCCAGGCCGGCGAGUGAGUCGGGCUGGGCGGUGAGCAUGCCCCCAAACACGGGAAUGCCCGAGACGGGCAGCGCCUCGAUGACAUUGCGGAGGAAGUCAGCGGGAGAUGAGGAGGGGGCGGCUGGCCCACUGUGGGGAGGGGGGCGCUGGGGCGGUGUGGGCGGCUGCAGGUCGUCGGGGGUGAGGUGAAAUGCGUCGGGGUAGGUGGAGAGGGCGCGGUAGUCUUUUGUGGUCUGCGUGAGGAGCGUCCCGCCCUGGACGGCCCUGUGCCGCUCCUUGACCAGGUCCCAGUCCAGCGACGCGAUGCCGGGUCGAUCGAAGUACCUGCAGGAUGCAAGCGAGAUGGGACACAGUGGCCGUCUUGUGUGCAUUCCAUUCGGCUGACUUGUCCAGUUCGAGCAGCCAGACAUCGUUUGAUCUGUCCAGGAGUGCUACGGCCAGCAGGUCGCCGCUCACGGCCAUGUGGGUGAAGUACACGUCGCCAGGUCCCACUGAGACCGAGACCCCAAACACACGACACACACAUCGACACACACACCGAUUGCAGUGAGUGAUUCCGUUGCUCCCGCCACUUACCGCAUUCAGUGAUGGGUAUGGCGUGGAAGGCCACCCCGAGCGUCCUCCAGAUGAGCAGGUGCUGACAUGGUGGAGGGGUCAGGGCGAACAGCCAGUGCUGCCUCGCCGCGACGUCCACGAAUGUCGUGUGCUGUGUCGGUGGGGGCGGCGUGGGCCGUUGGAGGAAGAAGCGCCGACGCAGCCACAGGCUGACACACAGAGACAGACACGGUGAAGCACAUGCGUUUCUGCUGCGGCACUCACUCUCUCACCCAUCGUAGUCGACGGUGAGAUGCAUGGCGAGGACGUCAUCAACCAACAGCAGCAAAGAACUGACCGGCCAGACACACACAGACAGUGAGCAACGGCGCCAUGUGUUGUUCUCCCACCCAACCCCUACUCGGGCUGUCCGCAGCAUAGCCUGAUCUUGGACUCUUCUGUCGGCUUCCACUGCACACCGAUGACGUCGUCACCCUCCUCAUCGCCCCCGUCACCAUGCUCGUACUCGUGCUCAUGCUCGCCACCACCCCUCUCACACGGGCUGCCGCCCUCGGACUCAGCACUGCCCGCAAUGCCCUGCAGGCGGCAGGCAGAACGAAGAUGAUCCAAUGUGGGCUGGUCUGUGUGUUGGUAUGUUGGUUCAUUUCUGACCUCGGUCAGCAGGCUGAGCAGCGCCUGGACGUCCACAGUGACUCGCAGCAGAGUGUUGGGGUGGAGGCUGCCAAGCUGAGGCCACCCAACUACUGCACAAUUCGGCCCCUCGCUCAGCGAGCAGCUCAAUCUACACGCAUAACAGAUGCACACACACACACAGACAAAUGACCGUCAGUGCGUGUCUGCGUGGACGACUGAUCAAUCCAUCUCGCUCAUGCACCCUUGGUUGGCGUCACUGCUGAUGACAUUCAGGUUUGGCUGCGUGACCUCCACCAAAUGGACAAACGACAAGACGCCACCCUCCCGCAACACAACCUGCACACACACAAAACAAGCGCCAUGUGUGUGAAUGAGUCCAUCGAUGUCUGCUCUCCCUCUCCUCACCAGGCAUGGCCCUCCGGGCAGCUUCCGCAGCGCCUGUUUGUCGAGCUCCACAUCCACCUUGCCAGGCACCUGCAGCCACACCCCUGCCGUCCAUCCACUCUCAAGCGCCCCGCUCACAUAGAACCCGCCACUGCCACCCAAAGCAGCGGCCGCAGUGCUCUCGCUGCCAUCAUCAUCCUGGAGCCGGCAGCCGUAUCCCUCGACGGUGCCGUCUUGGUGUAUGAGUGCCAGGAUGGAUCUGUCGUGCGAUAGGGCGAUGGUGCGGUAGGAGGGGAGGGACAGGGGACGGCUGAACCGACGCACACACACCAGCGGCACCGGCGAUGAGUGCUCCAUCGAUAGAUAGAG